AUUCGCCACCGAGCCCCAACUCGCAUCAUCCUCUGACGCCCCGCUCGCUUUGGCCCCUCUCUCUCACGCUCGCUCGGCUCCUCUGUUAGGUUUUCCCCCACCCCACCCAAGCGCGCCGCCGGCUGUCUCCCUCCUCCAACUCCGCCCCACGCCCCUCGCCGCCGGCUGUCUCCGCCGACUCCGCCACGCCCCUAGCCGCUCGAGCCCGACCCCUCCAAGUCCCUCGCCGCCGACGCCCGACUCCGCCCCGCCCUCACCGCCAGACGCCGUUUCAAUCAUGGCACGCCGAGGAUUAAUGGAGCAGGACCUAACCAAGCUUGAUGUCACCAAGCUCCACCCGUUGUCACCCGAAGUCAUCUCGCGCCAAGCGACGAUCAACAUUGGUACAAUUGGUCAUGUGGCCCAUGGAAAGUCUACUGUUGUGAAAGCUAUAUCUGGAGUUCAGACUGUUCGCUUCAAGAAUGAGCUUGAACGUAACAUCACUAUCAAGCUGGGCUAUGCUAAUGCAAAAAUCUACAAAUGCGAGGAUGACAGAUGUCCACGACCAAUGUGUUACAAGGCUUAUGGAAGCGGAAAAGAAGAUACUCCUGCCUGUGAUGUUCCUGGGUUUGAAAACACUAGGAUGAAGCUCCUGAGACAUGUUUCCUUUGUUGAUUGCCCGGGCCACGACAUUCUCAUGGCUACAAUGCUUAAUGGAGCAGCUAUCAUGGAUGGAGCCUUGCUUUUGAUAGCAGCAAAUGAAAGCUGCCCACAACCCCAGACAUCUGAGCAUCUUGCAGCUGUUGAGAUCAUGCGUCUCCAACAUCUCAUAAUUUUACAGAAUAAGAUUGAUCUUAUCCAGGAAAGUGCAGCAAUGAACCAGCAUGAAGCAAUCCAAAAAUUUAUCCAGGGCACGAUAGCUGAAGGUGCUCCUGUGGUGCCAAUAUCUGCCCAGCUGAAGUACAACAUUGAUGUGAUCUGUGAAUAUAUUAUUAAGAAAAUCCCCAUUCCGGAAAGGAACUUCACUUCACCUCCCAACAUGAUUGUUAUUCGCUCCUUUGAUGUCAACAAGCCUGGUUCAGAGGUUGAUGAAAUCAGGGGUGGGGUAGCAGGUGGCAGCAUCCUCAGGGGAGUCCUCAGGGUUAACCAGAACAUUGAAGUUCGCCCUGGCAUUGUCAUGAAGGAUGAGAGUGGCAACAUCAAAUGCACCCCAAUCUAUUCAAGGAUCGUCUCGCUCUACGCAGAGCAGAAUGAACUCCAAUUUGCUGUGCCAGGAGGGCUUAUUGGUGUGGGAACAACCAUGGAUCCAACUUUGACUCGUGCCGAUAGGCUGGUUGGCCAGGUUCUAGGAGAAAUCGGGUCGCUUCCUGAUGUAUUCGUGGAGCUUGAGAUCAACUUCUUCCUUCUCCGAAGGCUGCUGGGUGUGAGAACGAAGGGCACAGAGAAGGCAGGGAAGGUCUCCAAGCUCACCAAGGGCGAGAUCCUGAUGCUUAACAUCGGAUCCAUGUCCACUGGCGCCCGUGUGGUCGCCGUGAAGAACGAUCUCGCCAAGCUCCAGCUCACCGCGCCCGUGUGCACCAGCAAAGGCGAGAAGGUGGCCCUGAGCCGCCGUGUCGAGAAGCACUGGCGCCUCAUUGGAUGGGGCCAGAUCCAAGCCGGCGCGACGCUCGAAGUCCCACCCUGCCCGCUCUGAAGCACACACCCAUCUGAGUGAAAAACCGCAGCUUGCGAAACAAGAGAGGCGAAAUGUGGGAGGGCAGAGAGCUCCUGGGUACAAUUUUUGUGAGGUGGAGGAGAAAAACAUAACGAGUCUGAAAGUCUUAUCUUUGCUGGAUUUGUCUACGCUACUAGUUUGCUUCUUUCUGUUUGUCGGAAUUUAGGGUUUGUUAUACUCGCCAUGUUAUCGUGGUGGUUAGUAGGCGAGGAACCUACUAGUUUGGUUCAGAUUUACCUAAUUGUCUCGUCUAUCACAUUGACUCCAUUAUGUCUUGCGUUGAGAAGAUUAAAGUCGGUGUAUUACACCUAAUUUUACUCGA